UUGAAGUCGUUGAGCGUAAAAAUGCCUCUCGAUGGCACGAAAACGGGCAGCGACGACGACGAUCAUCAGUCGGUUGGCUCGACGCGCUGGAGAAGGCUGAAGUCGACCGCGAACGCUGCUGGUGAUCGCGUUUCUUGCGACAGUGGCAUUUCCCUCGAGGAUCCGGUGCUGGUGGCUGCCGCCUCCGCCACCGCCAGUCCAGCGUUGGUGCGCCGCGAAAAAAAGCGCAACGUUGGUGAUGGUGGAGCAUCCUACGUCCGACGGCUGACGCAGCUCUUCGAGACGCUAUCCCACGACGAGCUGCGCAAAGAACAAGAACGGGAGGAGGUGCCGCAGCCUUAUCAGGCCACUCGAUCCACCAACUACAAACCGUCCGCGAUGGGGUGGGAGUUGAACAAAGUGACCGAAGAGUCCGGCAGUGUUCCCGCGUCGCCGGAAGUGUGCGACGAUCGACAGUGUGCCGUCCCGUGUGAGGUGUUAGAGAAGAUGGAGGCCGCAGAUGGCGGUGGAGAUGUCGGUGUCGGUUUUAAUGAGAGUGAAAUCGUGCCCACUGCCGUAAGUGAAGCGACCGAAGUGGUGGACGGGGUGGCAAACGAGGCGCAGGUGGGCGACCCCACGGGUGAAGCAGUGAACCAAUUAGUGGCCCAACGAGCGGUUGCUGCCCCCCUGACCGUUACCGCGGAGGAUCGUGUGAUGGCAGAAAAUGUGCGCUUGAGCAAAGGUGGUUCCGGGGGGAAAAAGCGGCUCAGCAGUCGCCGAUCGCAGCUGCUGGCCACGGCGCGGAUGAGUAGCGUUGGGGCGACGGGGCGUAGCUUACACCACGACCAUCAAGUGCACGAUAAGAUAACCGAGGAAUACGACGGCUACUACUUUGACGAUGAUGACGAGUUCGAUACCAGUGAGGAUGAGCCCGAGGAAACCGUCGGCAGUGGUGUUGAUUUCGGAGAGGAAUCAUCUCCGCCCGAUGCUAGUAGACAACCGAUUUCCGAAGCCCACAACAUGCACAUCCCGUCGGUUGACACCGGCAUGCCGCACUACGACGAGCACGACGAUUUCAGCGACAGCUCCUUCGACAGUGACUCCGAUGGUGACCAUUUCGUUCCCAGACCGGACUCGAACAGUUCCCUCAAAACAGCUCGGGUGACGAGCAUUCUGCAGGAACUGUUGGAAAACGAAGCAAACUACGUGCAAACGCUUGGCCGGGGCAUCGAAAACUACGUCAGCAUAAUGUCGGGCAAGGACGUACCUCCCGGGUUGCGCGGCCAAAAGUUCCACAUCUUCGGAAACAUCGAGAAAAUCCACAGCCUGCACCAGAACCAGCUGCUGCCGGCACUCCAGCACAACCGGGCCAGCAUUCAGGGGAUCGCGGAGACGUUCAUCCGGUUUCUGGAGAACGACAAGUUCUACUGCUACAUCAUGUUCGCGCUCAACCGGCCCAAGUCCGAGCGGAUAUGCAACCGUAAUUUGGACUUCUUUCAGCGUCGCCAGGCGGAGGUUGAUGAUAAGCUCGGCCUGAACAGCUUCCUGCUGCAGCCGAUCCAACGGCUGCCCCGCUACAAACUACUGCUGGCCGAGAUCAACAAAGAGAUUCUGAAGCAGCUGGAGGACACCCUGCUGCAGUCGGUGCGGGACGAGAUCGGCGUGCUGUGCAAGGCGGAAAAGCGUCUCGAGCGUUUCAUCGACAUCGUCAACGAGGCGAUGAGCAUCAACGACAUUCACGAGUGCUACGAGGGAGCCAACAGCGUGCAGGCGGAGCUGAUGAACGCGAUGAAUGUCUUCAAUAUUGUGGUGGACGCACCGAUGGUGCUGAUACUCCGAGCACACACGGACUUCAAUCCGGCCAAGAGAGAAUCAGUUAACCUCUUCAGUCAGGGCAAGUUUCGCAAAAUGUUCGAGUUAGACAUCUACGACUGGGACCACCGGAGGCGGUACGCGGCCAAGAUGUUCGUGUUCGAGCGGAGCGUCCUCUACACGGAAAAGGUGAAGAACCAGCUCGAGUAUCGCGGCCGGUACGACGAGUCGGAGAUCGGGCUGCACAACGAGAAAAGCAACAAGGUGUACCUGUACGCGAGGAAGCGCGGCAUCCAGGAGAUCGAAGUCACCUGCGGGGACAUGAACGAAACGCAGCGCCUGACCAGCCUCGUCGAGGGCAUGAUGCGGGAGUUUGCGAUGAACGAGCGGUGGCGUCUGAAAACGCUCGAUCGACCGCGGAUACCGAGCGUGAUGACGCUGAACCGGCGCAGCGUUAACAGUAUGACGUCGAACUCGAGUACCCUCAGCAUAAUGCGAGAAAGUUACGAACCACAAACCUCGCAAACCACCUGGAGCACCGAUAAACCGGUAGCCCAGCUGGCAACGAUACAGAAAAACUUCUGCCGAAUACUGACCGCCAACCGGCGCUACUACCUCAACGAGUUGCCCACCGAGUUGGCACAGAAAGUGGCCGACUUUGUUCGCGUAUACGAUCGCAUUGUAAACGUUCACAUCAAACGAUUGUACGAGGAUCUUGCCAAGCCUGACACCGGGAUCGAUGAGGUUUGCGAGCUGUUCAUAGGAUACUUGAAGAAUGGAGUGUUUGACGAUUAUAAUGGCUACAUUCGGACUUUCAAACCGGCUGCAGAUGUUUUGAAGAACAUCCACAAGGUGUCGCGCUCCAGUAUCAGCGACAGCAUGGUCGCCCAAACGAUGGAUGAGUUUACCUUCCUGCCGGUGGAGCACUGGAACAAGCUGCAACACUUCUUCCAAGCGCUCGUGGUGCAGAUAUCGGAACAGAUGAACGCCGGUCAGAUGGAGCACCAGGAGCUGUUCCGUAAGCUAGCGUACGUCGAGGUGCAGGUGACCACCUUCCGCAAGCUGCUCUUCCAGAACUAUCAGCUGUUCAAUCUGGACGAGAAGAUUACACCGCACAUGCUGGGGCUGGUAUUGUACUCCGAUCGGGUGCGAUACGACAACGAAACGAUCAGCUCGCACCGUGUGCUUCUGUGUGAACGAGCGGUCGUUUGUGUGAAGUUCCAUUUCGUGAGGGAAUGUGGCAGACAGGCGGAAAAGUACACCGGGUUCGCCUUCGUCGAUCGGUUCGGUCGUGAAGCCAACGUUAAGGUCAGCAAGAAAUCGGAAAUCCGACUGAACGCCCUAGUGAACGGUACCAAGCACGCGUUCGACUUUGGCAACACGGCCAACCGGGAUAAGUUCUACGGCCAGUACUGUACCGUGUUUGCCCGCUUUUCGUAGAUGGUGUGGUGCAUUAAUUUUCAGCUAUUAUUUUUAUCAACCGUUACACACAGUCCAAACGACUCGCAAUAAA